AUGGCCGCUGCCCGCCUCGCACUGGGGCCAGGGAUCCUGCUCCUGGGGCUGCUGCUGCUGCUGCUGCUGCUGGGGGGCCCAGGCCGGGGGGCGGCCUUGAGCGGGAACGCGACUGGGCCUGGGCCGCGGAGCGCGGGCGGGAGCGCGAGAAGGAGCGCGGCCGUGACCGGCCCUCCGCCGCUGCUGAGCCACUGCGGCCGGGCAGCCUCCUGCGAGCCGCUACGCUACAACGUGUGCCUGGGCUCGGCGCUGCCCUACGGGGCCACCUCCACUCUGCUGGCCGGGGACUCGGACUCCCAGGAAGAAGCGCACGGCAAGCUCGUGCUCUGGUCGGGCCUCCGGAACGCCCCCCGCUGCUGGGCAGUGAUCCAGCCCCUGCUGUGUGCUGUGUACAUGCCCAAAUGCGAGAAUGACCGGGUGGAGCUGCCCAGCCGCACCCUGUGCCAGGCUACCCGAGGCCCCUGUGCCAUUGUGGAGAGGGAGCGUGGCUGGCCUGACUUCCUGCGCUGUACCCCUGACCACUUCCCCGAGGGCUGCCCGAAUGAGGUGCAGAACAUCAAGUUCAACAGUUCGGGCCAGUGUGAGGCUCCCUUGGUUCGGACCGACAACCCCAAGAGCUGGUAUGAGGACGUGGAGGGAUGUGGGAUCCAGUGCCAGAACCCGCUAUUCACUGAGGCCGAGCACCAGGACAUGCACAGCUACAUCGCGGCCUUCGGCGCAGUCACAGGCCUCUGCACACUCUUCACCUUGGCCACAUUUGUGGCUGACUGGCGGAAUUCGAAUCGCUACCCUGCUGUUAUUCUCUUCUACGUCAACGCGUGUUUCUUUGUGGGGAGCAUCGGCUGGUUGGCCCAGUUCAUGGACGGCGCCCGCCGGGAGAUCGUCUGCCGUGCAGAUGGAACCAUGAGGCUCGGGGAGCCCACCUCCAAUGAGACCCUGUCCUGCGUCAUCAUCUUUGUCAUCGUGUACUACGCCCUUAUGGCUGGUGUCGUCUGGUUUGUGGUCCUCACCUAUGCCUGGCACACCUCCUUCAAAGCCCUGGGCACCACCUAUCAGCCUCUCUCUGGCAAGACCUCCUACUUCCACCUGCUCACGUGGUCACUCCCGUUUGUCCUCACUGUGGCAAUCCUUGCCGUCGCCCAGGUGGAUGGGGACUCUGUGAGCGGCAUCUGUUUUGUGGGUUACAAGAACUACCGAUACCGUGCAGGCUUCGUGCUGGCCCCGAUUGGCCUAGUGCUCAUUGUGGGAGGCUACUUCCUCAUCCGAGGAGUCAUGACUCUGUUUUCCAUCAAGAGCAACCAUCCCGGGUUGCUGAGUGAGAAGGCUGCCAGCAAGAUCAACGAGACCAUGCUGCGCCUCGGCAUUUUUGGCUUCCUGGCCUUUGGCUUUGUGCUCAUCACCUUCAGCUGUCACUUCUACGACUUCUUCAACCAGGCUGAGUGGGAGCGCAGCUUCCGGGACUAUGUGCUGUGCCAGGCCAACGUGACCAUCGGGCUGCCCACCAAGAAGCCCAUUCCUGACUGUGAAAUCAAGAAUCGCCCCAGCCUCCUGGUGGAGAAGAUCAACUUGUUUGCCAUGUUUGGAACCGGCAUUGCCAUGAGCACCUGGGUCUGGACCAAGGCCACGCUGCUCAUCUGGAGGCGCACCUGGUGCAGGUUGACUGGGCAGAGUGAUGAUGAGCCCAAACGCAUCAAGAAGAGCAAGAUGAUCGCCAAGGCCUUCUCCAAGCGGCGUGAGCUGCUGCAGAACCCAGGCCAGGAACUCUCCUUCAGCAUGCACACUGUCUCCCACGACGGGCCUGUGGCGGGUUUGGCCUUUGACCUCAAUGAGCCCUCUGCCGAUGUGUCCUCUGCCUGGGCCCAGCAUGUCACCAAGAUGGUGGCUCGGAGAGGAGCCAUACUGCCCCAGGAUGUGUCUGUCACCCCUGUGGCAACUCCAGUGCCCCCAGAGGAAAAAGCCAACCUGUGGCUGGUUGAGGCAGAGAUCUCCCCAGAGCUGGAGAAGCGCCUGGGCCGGAAGAAGAAGCGGAGGAAGAGGAAGAAGGAGGUGUGCCCGCUGGUGCCACCUCCUGAGCUUCACCACCCUGCCCCUGCCCCUGCCCCUGCGGCCAGUGCUGUUCCUCGACUGCCUCAGCUGCCCCGGCAGAAGUGCCUGGUGGCCGCAGGUGCCUGGGGAGCUGGGGAAUCCUGCCGACAGAGAGCCUGGACCCUGGUCUCCAACCCCUUCUGCCCAGAACCCAGUCACCUGCAGGAUCCAUUUCUGCCCAGUGCCCCAGUUCCCACGGCGGCCUGGGCUCAGGGCUGCCGGCAGGGGCUGGGGCCCAUCCACUCCCGCACCAACCUGAUGGAGGCAGAGCUCAUGGAUGCAGAUUCAGACUUCUGA